CAUGCAGUGGUGUUGCCGAACUAAUGUGAACUGUGUGUUAUUGAAACUGAAUGCAGAGUCUGCUCGCAGUGAAGGAAGACAAAGCUGCAGUGGCAGUGAAAGAGCUGUUUCCUGCGCCACAACAUGGGACCAGCCAUGUGGCAAACUCGGAGUUUAUAGGCGCAGCAAGCCUUGGAGAGCUUACAGCUGCGGAGCCUGCAGAUUAUAUUGACACUUCAGCUGGCAAUGUUAUUGCAGAGUUCAUUUUAGACUCUUCUGUGGAUGAAGCAUUGGGCCUUCCACAGACGCUCAUAUACGGUACAUCGCACGAGCAUACUGAGGCAGCCCCAGUUGAAGUGGAAGGGCCACCGAAUGAAGAAAGUGUGCAAACAGUUGCACAUGCGCAGGUUGCUCCCACAGGCCCCUUCACAGAGGGGCUCUUCAAUGUUGUGGAUGGACAGGCAAGCAUACAUUUUUUUUUACCUUGGUGUGUCUGUGUGUGUAAUACCCUCUGUUAAAUGUGUAAAAAACCACCUCCUCUGUAAUUAUGAGUG